AUGAAGUCCUUUCAUUUCCUUUUGCUCCUUGCCUUGGUCGAAACCUUCCCUGUUCCUGAAUUAACAUCGCCGCUCCUUCCCAAAUCUUGCCUGGAUUACUUACAACGAGGGUUGACUCAGAAUGGCUUCUAUGUCCUUGUUGAUGACCAAAGCCAUCCAUACAUGACUUAUUGUGAUCUGUCAUCCGAGCUGGGCUCCGCAUGGACCCUAGUAAUGUCUUGGCAGACUGCGAAAUUCCGGGAUUUGCCUCAUUUCAAAACCAAAGUGUUCGCAGAAGAUGCUCCAAUCAACGCAGGCAGUCCAAACUGGUUUGUUUACCGUGAGACACUUGCAAGAAUGAAAUCCAUCCGUAGUCAGUCCACACACUGGCGAGCAACGUGCGAUAUCAACAGUAGAGAAGUGAUCGAUUACGAAGAUUACCUUCGGGGAAGGUUCGUAGACUUGGAUAUCUUUGAAUGGCAAGGUGGGCAAACUUGCUUUCCCAUCGACUAUGUGAACAUUCGCGGAAAAGCCGCGGGCACUGGCACCACUCUGGCAUUCUGGCAAAAUCCUGGUUCGUAUAUCCUCCACACAGACAGCCAAAAUACCACAUGUGAAUUUUUUUAUAAAGCGGAUCCACUUGUGGACUUUUUUGGUUACUACGGAGACGGAAUAAGCAGUGAAUUCCGCUGCAGCGCAACGCCUGAUGCCACAACUCAGUGGUGGUUUGGUGGUUAUCUCUCAAAAGAGCGAUUUGUUCAAAACAAUUCUCAACCGGUGGGCGCAUAAAAAAGGUUUAAUCCAGUGAAACGUCGUAAGAUCCGAUAGCGAAUUCUUUCUUUCGGCUUCCAUACAUUUCAUUAGUAACAAAUUAUUAGAAUAUGGUGUAAUAUUCCAAGAACACCAUUUAGCAGAUGAUGUUUGUUGUUUCUCGUGAUCCAUUAUAUGUGCUAAACUACGAGCAUUUCCUCCUUUUCGGCGAAGUCUGACGGGGGAGUAAAAAAAUCAGUGCUAAAAAAGAAAUUGAUGACAGCACACCACGCGGAGCUCUGGAUGUACGGCGUCAAAAAAUGACAUCAACUUUCCAUGUACCUCAACCCAGAGUUCUGCGCGGCGCGAUAACAUCACUGACAUUUUUCAUAACUCGCGCGAAGGACUUCGCCAAAAAUUGUGGACUGUUCGUAGUCUACCUAUUUUCAAGUUAAUAUAUUAUAAUUUUAAGACGAAGUUAAUUGCAUGUUUCGCUUGAGGAUUUUUACAGUGAUGUGGCUCACAGUAUUACUGAUGGGAAAUAGAGUUUCGAGGUGGAUGACAGAGCUGGCAAUAACCAGGUCAUUUUGCAAAUUUUCAUUUAUUCUGAGCUUUUAGUUUUAACUCAAGUAGCUUAGCACAAGUCUUUUAGUCAUCGCUGUCAGCCAAGAAACGAAUGGGGUCGAUUUUAGAAGAGAUUUUAUGACCUGAUAAACGUCAGACCGAUUUUUCUGUUAAGUAACCUGAUGUGAUUAAUAAGUUUCUCUGUUUUUUUAUUCCUUUUGCACUUUUAAGUUGCUGUGUUCAUGUAUUCAAUUUGCCUCACGAGCAACUAACUUGUGAGUGAAUAAAGAGAG